UAUUUGCUCGGUUAACAGGAGCAAGAGGAUAAAUUUCGGUAUAAACCAAAGUAGGUGUCAAAAUUAUCAGUAUAAAAAAAAAAAAAUUUAAAGCACUAAACAAUUAUAAAUCGAGAAGCUAACGAUAACAAAAUGGAGAGCAAAAUAUUAAAAGAUUUUCGCGUAUUGGAAAGAUCGGUGCGCUGGUUUCGUGGCUUGUCAGCCAAACAGGUCGGUGCAUGCGACAAUUUGUUGCACGCCUUGCGCGACGAUAUUGAACAGGAUUCGACAUAUCGUGUGCGCGAUUGCCUCAAUCUAUUGGGACUGCAUCCGAUGAUUAAUGCCAAUCAGUCGCGGGUACUGAUGGGCAUUAGCCAGGCGAACGAUUUGGCCUUUCUCUGGUUUUUGUGGGAGUCACACUACAAGACGACACACAUCUGCCAAGAGGACCGCAAUGACUACACGGUCAACGAGCAGUUAAUAUUCACAGCUAUAGCUCAUCUGGACAUGACAUCGACAUUGCGUGGCCUGGACAAGAUAUUGCCCACUGCGGAACAUUCCAAGAAAUAUCAGGAGCAGCAGCGUUUGCGACAACAACAAAAGCUCGCCAGGCAGCUGCGCAGAAAAAUGCAAAUGAAUAAUCACAUAUGGCCCAAUGAUGCAGCCAAGGACUCACCGUAUAUGGUGCCACAAUUGCGACCCAAGCCAUACCUGCCCAAAUUAUUCAAGCCCAAGGAGCGUUCAGUGAGCUUUUCGCAAUAUGAACAAUACAAGGAUCCCAUGUACAACAUACCCAAUGAGAGUUCGCGCUGGUUUGCCACCUACGAGCUGUCGCCGAUCAAGCGCGAGGUGAAGCGUUGCCUGUCGGAUGCACUGGCUCAGCUCUUUGCCAGCAGCAAUUCCCGUCCAUUGGAUAGGUCGCUGUGUCAAGUGCAUCGCAUGAUGGAGCAUACGACGGCUCGUAAGCGACAGGAAUUGACGGUGGAGGCGGUGAAUCGUUGCAUGCAAUUGCUGGACAUACCGGGCACACAGAAGCGCCAAUGCAGCAUUGUGCGCCAGCUGGAGCGGGAGGUGUUGCAUGCCGCCAAACUGCUGCGACAGCACAACAUGCGUCAGCUGAUCGCGCUGCAAAAAAUUGGCAUAGAUUAUAGCAAAUGCAGGGGCGGAUGUCAGGCAUGCGAGCUGAUGGUUUCGGUUGCACCGAUGCCCCGCCAUGGUUCCGGUUGUCCAAUUGAUGUUGCAUUGAUACUACCAGCGGAUUCGGAUAGGCCAGAACAGCCGCUGUUGAAUGAUGAUGACCUUGAUUCGGGCGUACAUGUCAUGGAAUGGGGGUCCGAGAAGAAACACAAGACCAUCCGCAUAGUGGAAGAUCGAAACAAGCCUCCCGGCCAGACUUGUUCUGGGCCAAAAACGCGUUCGCCCCAGUUGCCUAAGGCUCAGCCCAAGGCUCAGCCUAAGGCUCAGCCUAAGGCUCAGCCCAAGGCUCAGCCUAAGGCUGAUAAAAGGAUUAAUAUCCAGAUUGAAGAUAAAUCCAUCUCAACUGAAACCUCAGAGGAAAAGUACUGCAUCAGUUGCUGUCUGCCACACGGCAUGCCGGAAUGGAAUUUCUACAAGGUCUUUGAGCCGCCGCUUCAAUCAGACACACUUGGAGUCCUGUCCGAUGCCCAGCCGCUUAUCCGUAGCUAUUGCAUUGCGGCACUCCAGAAAGCGAUGGAGGCCAGCGAAGAGACGGAGGCGCAAAAAGUCUAUGGCCGAAAGCACAUGGAGUAUGUCAAGCUGAGGGAAUGGAGCACAUCCCGCACAGCGCUGGAUGCCGCUAACAAAAUGGCCGCGCAUAUGUUUCGCGAGGCCCAGGAAAAGCAAACGCUUUACGUCGAUCAGGAGAAAUCUGAUAAAACGGAACGUCUGGAAAUGACCAACAUCGAUCCGGAGAACUCACAGAUGCUGAUGGCGCUACUCAAACAAGCUGUAGACAUAUUGAAAAAUGAUGCCCAUUAUGUUCUGGUCACCCUGCCCAAUGCCUACAAGUUGCCCGUGCUGCUCGACUGGGUGGCGGAGCGUUAUGGGAAAACCUAUAGCUAUAAGCAAAUGUGCGAAUUGGCCAACACCAGCCAGACCGUCCACGAGCAUCUCACUAGAGUGGCAAUGAAGAGGGAACUUCCUUUGCCGAAAUAUCAUAAAUUUAUUGGCAGACAGCUGUUAAGCGAUGAUGUUACCCAUUAUCGGAGCUAUAUGUGUGGAUUUAAGAAAAUGCGUCAAGAAUAUCAUCAGAGAUUGAAUUCGUUGGCACUCGAGGAAUCGCGUCUAGCUUGGUUCGCACUGCGCGGCUAUACCCAGCUGCCCGGCUCCAAUCCGAAAACCUUUUUUGCCUAUAUGCCCGCCAAGCAGCAGGAUUUGAUGCGCCUGAAUCUGUGGCAAUCGUUGGACGUUCGUCGAAUUGAUAAACUUCGCCGACGUGCGAAGCAGCGAAAGUAUUAGCAGGCACUGUCUGUUACAGUGGCGAAUAUAUUGAAUAUGAUUGUCGAUCGACUUUCCUUCAAUAUGUUCGCCACUGCAACAACGCGCCAGCUAGAGUACAUAUCAUUUGUUUUUAAAACAAUUGACUAGUGUUAACCUACAAUUAAAUGCAUGGACAAGAAUGGCUCAAA